CGCCAUUGUAUUCACUCGUCAUUUGUUUUUAAAUUCAAUACAAGUACUAAUUAAUUUUCAAUUAAUUAGUCAUUGAAUUUAUAUUAAUUUGUUUAAAUAAUUAUUAUCACAAUUUAAUUGAUAAUUUUAUCAACAUUUCAAAAAGAAUAGCGCGGUAAAAGUUUAUUUCAAGAAAAUGUAUUUCGACGAUGAUGAUUUGGUGCAAUUUGACGCAUUGUCAAUCGAUGAUGACUCUGAGUACUCGCACACUUCUUUCGGAAGCCGUUAUACCCAAAUAUCUAGAUUACAAGAAUCUUGUAAAAAUGUACGCAGAGAAUUUUUUUAUCAAAUUUUUCAAUGGAAUCCGUCAUGGGCUUUUGACAACCAGUAUAAAGAUAUUCCGCCUCCAAUUAUUGAUUCCAUAGAAAUGAAUCCUACGAAAUUAUUGUAUUCAACUUACGCUGAAUACCAGAAAAUUUAUUUACCGUUUUUGAUAAGUGAAUUUUGGCCUACGUUACGUGAUGACAUUAUUGAGGAAGCGAAGAAAAAAAAAGAACCGCAAACUAUCACAGCCGCUGUCAAAGAAAAUUCAUAUGAACAUUUAUCACUUGAUAACAAUGAUUCAAUUCGUAAAAUUACUCGAUUUAAAAUAACUGCAACAGUGCCUCGAUUGAAUAAGCUUGAAGAUAAAUACCCAAGUCGUGGGGAUUUAGUAAUCAUCGAACAUCCAGAUAAAAAAAGUCAACAUUUUGCAUACGUAGAAGAAGUUGAUAGGAGCGGAAAUAGAUAUUGUUCACAGACUACCUUGACUUAUAUUUUGAUAACAAAGUCUUGUUCUCAAUUUGAAUUGUCAGGUAGUUUGAAAUUAACUACCGUCACCUGGAUUUUGUCGUAUUUAACUCAAAUUGAUUCACUAGACUAUAUUCUUCAAUCACCUCUGAUUGAGUCAAUUUUAAAACCAAAUAUUGAUUCGUAUAGAAUCUUAUCAACACUAAACACGGUCCCUAUUGUAACAAAGGAAGUUCUUAAUUCAAAACAAUUAGAAAUCAUAUCAAGAGUUGUAACUACAGUUGAAAAUAGUACUCCUGGUAUAUGUUUGAUUCAAGGUCCUCCAGGAACUGGUAAAUCAACAGUAAUUAAAAAUAUUAUUGCAUCUACAUUGAGUAGAAGAAAUACAGGGAGAAUUUUAGUCUGCGCUCCUUCAAAUAAAGCGAUUGAUGAAUUAGUUAUGAGAUUAUUAGAUAUACAACCGGAUAUGGAAGAUCAAAACAUUCCAUUUAAUAUUGUCCGAGUUGGCCGUGAAGACAAGAUUCAUAAAUCUGUUAAAAAAGUUUCUUUAUUGAAUCUCAGAAAGAGCAGACUUGGAUAUGGCAGAGAACAAACUAUUGAAGAAUCGCUUCUUGUAUCUGCAAAUAUUAUUGCUUGCACUUUGACAUCUUGCUAUACAAGCUAUCGAAUGAAAGCAGUAUUUGGAAAGAACAAAUUGAAAAUACCGUUUUGUAUAAUAGACGAAGCGGCACAGGCGACAGAAUUAUUAACAUUAGUGCCUUUAAUGUUUGAUAUUGAGAGAUUGGUUUUAGUCGGAGAUCCACAACAAUUGCCUCCGACUAUACUGUCGCAGAAAGCAAAAGAAUAUGGAUAUGAUGAAUCACUUUUCGGAAGAGCUCAAAAAGUCUUUGAAAGUGAAUCAAUAAAACCGAUAGUGAUAUUGGACACCCAAUACCGCAUGGUUGAUGCUAUUUCUCAAUGGCCUAAUAAUUAUUUCUACAAAGGCGCGAUAAAAAAUGCAGCCUCCGUCGCGCCAUUAAACUUUUGUAAUUACAAAGUAUUCAAUCACUCAUACUGUCAGGAUUCUGACGGGCAUUCAAAUCCAAUUGAAGCAGUACUAGUAGCUAAUUUAGUUAAGGUGCUAUUGGAAAAAAGAAAAUUAAUUAAGUCAGACAAGGAAAUCAGUAUUGGUGUUAUUACUCCUUAUCAAAAGCAACGUAAAUUAAUAAAUCAAUUAUUAAAUCCACCAGAGGAAAAGAAAAUAUUGCUGAAGAAAGGUACUGAGAGUAAUGAUGAUCUAGAUAAAAAAAACGAUGAUUUGGACAAAGAAAAUACUGGUGAUAAAGCUGGUGAUUGCGAUGAUAAAAAAGGAAAAGAAGAUAAAAAUGAUAACAAGGAAAAAAAAGUUGAUGCAGUUAAGCCGAAUAAAAUUGAAGUUAAUACAGUAGACAGUUUUCAGGGGUCAGAGUGCGAUGUCAUAAUUAUGUCGUGCGUCAGAUCCAACGGGAUUGGUUUUGUAAAAGAUCCUAAUCGACUUUGUGUUAGUUUAACGCGGGCGAAACACAGUUUAAUACUCUGUGGCAACUUUAGCACAUUCAGAAUCAAUGAUAUGUGGCAGAAUCUUUUGGAUGACGCUCAGUCACGUGGUGUUUAUUUUAACGUUUCAAACGAUGAAUUAAAAACAAUCACAAACCACUUAGUCGUUGAUCGUACUCAUGCUUUAUUUUAAAAUUUGUAUUUAACAUAUUUAUUAAUACUAUCAUAAUUUUUCUUUCUAAGAUGAUAUAUUUUCCUCCAUUUAUAUUUUCUAUUACAUAUUUAAAAAAUAUA